CGUCCCGUAUUUACGUACUUACCCGGAAGUGAUUUGCAGGUACGGUUAGGUUUGUUUUUUAGUGGCAGGUGUCCCACGACUACAGGUGAAGAUGUAAAAUCAGACAGUUUAGCGGAAACAUGGACGUUUUUCUGCGUGGACUCCUUCUCUUUGCUGCGGCGGCGUGGACGUCGGGAUUGGAUGGCCAGCUGACCUUUGUGGCAGAGCUCUCAUCCAAACCGGCUCAGAAGCUCUCCAAGUACGGUUGGUAUGGCAACGUUAGGCUGCAGCGGUUUCAUAUCCCUGAGGAAACGGCCGUGGCACGCUGGACAUUCACAGUGACCAGAGCGAACAGCUUCUACUGUGGCCAGCACAACGUCACUGUCUAUAUUCGAUGGGGUGCCCCUCCAGUUAUAAAUCCCACAGGAUCCGUGUUUCCAAACGGGACUCUGUGGAACCCCAGCUUGUCUCUGAUUCUGCCGGUCACCUCGCAGAACUCCACGACGUUUAACCUGUCAGACCCCGCUCCUGGGGACUGGUUCGUCGCUGCUCACUUACCUGAGGAUGACGGACGUAUCGAGCAGAAGGGUUUCCCGUCCUGCACGUACUUCUUCCAGCCUCAGCUGUCAGUCCGGAGGGCGGUGGACACACCCGUUUUACAACAGGAUGCAUUCCUCACACAGACUGCAUCCUUUGAGCAACCUGCACGCCUUAAGUUGUUUGUUCCGGAGUUUGCCUCGUCCCUCUCGGUAUCUGUGCGCGGCUGCUCGUCGGGAGAGGCUGCAGAGAGUGGAACCUGCUCGCUGCUCCUCAGGCUCGGCUCUGACUUCCUGCUGCGGCAUCCGGUGACCGUGAACUGCUCGGGGAUGAGCUGCUCUGCAUCUCUGCUGAACCCACCGUGGGACACCUGGUUGCGAGUCGUGGUGGAGAGCAGCCAGGUCAACCGCUCUGUGACCUUUGGGAUUACCUGGAGCUACACAGAGGGAUGUAAGCCUAAAAGUGUAGGCCUUGAAGGAGGAGAUGAUUUCAAGAAGCCUCAGAACAACAACAGCAGCCAAACCAACUCCACCGAGGUUUCAAACCAUUUCAGCUCGGCCAAUAAAUCCUCCGGUCUGCCAUCGUCUCUGAUGAUGUCGGCGUGCGUGUGGAGCGUUCCCGUUCUUUACGAGGAAGUGGACGUUCUCUCGCUCCGAUUCACAGCCACCAACGGGCCAAACGUCAGCGUCACGGACGCCCAUCCCACUCUGCUCACCUACCCGCUGCAGACUCAAGCCACAGGGGGGACUCUCAAUUUGAGACUCACUCUGAAUACGACCGAUGUAGUCUUGGACAACAGCAGCAGUGUGGUUGCCUGUUUUUCUCCCUUUGCUCCAGUCCUGCAGCUGAACCACUCCCAACCCUGUCGCACAGCUUUAUUCGGAGGAUACGGUGUGGCUGUGAACAGCAGUGUCCCUAAAGCGGUGCUCAGACUGCCCUUCCCUCAGUCUGCAUUGUGGUACCUCACCCUGCAGCUCCACUGCAACAGCAGCUCCUGUGGUAACACGUCGGUGGUGUCGGUGCUCCCAGAGUUGUCUGUCAGCGCCUGUGUGGAGGACUGCGGCUCGUAUGGUGAAUGCAGACUCCUGAGAUCCUACAGCUACCUGUACGCUGCCUGCGUCUGCAAGGCUGGCUGGAAGGGUUGGGGAUGCACUGACUAUUCUUCGGCUCUGUCGUACGGCCGCCAGCUCGUCUCCACUCUGCUGCUCACGCUCAGCAACUUGUCUUUCCUGCCCGCCAUCGUCGUGGCCAUCAGGCGCUUCUACAUCACCGAGGCCUCCGUCUACUGCUUCACCAUGUUCUUCUCCACGUUCUAUCACGCGUGUGACCAGCCAGGCGUGGCCGUUUGGUGCAUUAUGGAUUACGACGCCCUGCAGUACUGCGACUUUCUCGGGUCGGUCUGUUCCAUCUGGGUCACCAUCUUGUGCAUGGCUCGAAUCAGAGACAUCGCCAAAUACACUCUGUUCAUGCUGGGAGCUCUGCUGAUAGCCAUGUCCAUGCAGCUGGACCGAAAGGGUUUGUGGAACAUGCUGGGCCCCAUCCUCUGUGCAAUACUGCUGAUGGCCUCAACUUGGGUGUACAGAGGCGUCCGCCGCAGACGCUGCUACCCACCUUCAUGGAAGCGCUGGGUCCUCUACCUCAUCCCCGGACUGUGCUGCGCCCUGGUGGGGGUGUGCUUGUACAUUUUUGCAGAGACCGAAGACAACUAUUACUACACGCACUCGCUGUGGCACAUCCUGGUGGCCAGCUGCGUGGUGUUUCUGCUACCGCCAAAGGAGAAGCACCGAGAGGCGCUGGGGUGGAGCAGAGGCUUCAGCUGGAGUUGGAGCUGGAGACCCCGGAUUUGUGGAUAUACGCUCUGUGAGAGCAGCAAGGAGGAGCUCUACACCGUCACAUGAAACUACGGAAAUAAUCCAAAGUUGGUGUCGCCAGCUUUUUACAAUCUGACUCAUUUGAAGCUUCAAGUUACACCUAUAUUCUCAUAGGUCCACAGGCUGUAUUCUCACAUAAAGAAGAGCGGUAAAGCUGGAGUCAUCUGAUCUUUCACCACUAAGAGUUUACCCUCAUUAUGGAUGUAAAUCAUACACUAGAGGAAAACUUUAAUGUUUGAUAUAAAAAUACAGUUACUUAUUAACUCUUUUAAAAUGUUUUUUUCCCCAUGACCCAGAAUACAACAUGUAAAGUUUAUUCCUCUUUAUCAGCUUUAAGACCUCUAAAGUUCACAUGGUCUACGUGUAGUUUUUGGAUAUUUUUGUUGCUCUUCCUCUUGUGGUCUUCCUUCAUGAAAAUAAUUAAUCUUUAAAGAGAAAACUAUAGAUCCCUGGGCAUAACAAAAAAAAAGUUCUUUUAAAUUAGCAUUUUGUGUGGACAGAUUAGCAUCUUCACAAGUUAGCAUCUUGUGCGGACAAGUUAGCUACUUGUGCGGACAAGUUAGCAUCUUGUGCGGACAAGUUAGCUUUCGUGUGGACAAGUUAGCUACUUGUGCGGACAAGCUAGCAUCUUGUGCGGACAAAUUAACAUCUUUUGCGAAAAGAUUAGCAUCUUCGCAAGUUAGCAUCUUGUGGGGACAAGUUAGCAUCUUUUGUAUGCAAGUUCACAAGUUAGGAUCUCGUGCAGAAGUUAGUAUCUCAGGUGGACAACUUACAAUCUCGUGUGGACAAGUUAGCAUCUUGUGCGGACAGAUUAUCAUCUUAACAAGUUAGCAUCUCGUGCGGACAAGUUAGCAUCUCGUGUGGACAAGUUAGCAUCUUCACAAGUUAGAAUCUCGUGUGGACAAGUUAGCAUCUUCACAAGUUAGAAUCUCGUGUGGACAAGUUAGCAUCUCAGGUGGUCAAUUUACAAUCUUGUGCGGACAAGUUAGCAUCUUGUGCGGACAGAUUAGCAUCUUCACAAGUUAGCAUCUCGAACGGACAAGUUAGCAUCUCAGGUGGACAACUUACAAUCUCGUGCGGACAAGUUAGCAUCUCGUGCGGACAAGUUAGCAUCUUCACAAGUUAGCAUCUCGUGCGGACAAGUUAGCAUCUCGUGUGGACAAGUUAACAUCUUGUGCGGACAGAUUAGCAUCUUCACAAGUUAGCAUCUUGUGCGGACAGGUUAGCAUCUUGUGCGGACAGGUUAGCGUCUUUUGUAUGCAAGUUCACAAGUUAGCAUCUUGUCUGAACAAGUUAGCAUCUUGUGUGCACAAAAUGCAACUUGAGGGAACAAUUUACUUUUGCUGUCAUGUUCAGGGUUCUGUAGAAAACUUGUGCUUUGCCAAAACUAGCUACUGUGUAUAUGUCUCGCUUUUUUAGUGAAAGGUAAAGUUCUUUAGCAAAAUUUUUGUUCUGCUUUGAGAAAAACUCCAAAACAUGCCAAAAGAAGUUUGCUUUUAGCAAAUUUCCCGAAAGGCAAACGAUGAAAUGUCAUUCCAGCUGCCUUAUGUGCCCUUUUGUUGUCAUGCACACAAAAAUAGUUUUAUUUGUUGAUAUUUAUUGCAAAUGAUCUUAAAGAAACCUUUUUUUUCUCAUUUUGAAUGUUGUUUAAAUGUAUCUUUACUCUCAUUUCUCGGAUUGUUUUUUAGUUUAAUCUCAGAUGAUGCAGAACUCCGUGAUGUCAUUUUCAAGGGGAAUUAGUGUUCUGCUUUUCUAAAGCCUUAAGACUAAAAAGUAAAGAAAACAUCUCUUGCAAAAACAUUCAGGAAAAAAUUGGAUUUUUCCCUUUAACCAUCCUCCUUAACUUAAACACCAGGCUGCGCACAUUAGAGCCAACCUUAAAGGUCACAAGCACAUGGAAACUCAGAAAAACGUGAACGCGGUUCAGCGUUUUUGAUCACUGUACUGCAAAGCUAAGAGCUCUUCAUUCAUGUCUUUGGUUCAAGCACCUUAAUGAUCUCUGUGGAAAUGUACUGCAAGGAGUCAACUUCCAACGAAUGUAGAUGAUAAUUACUAUCUCAUGUCUAAUGUGUGUGAAGGUCACGCUUGGCGUCCGCUCCUAAUUUAGGACACGGACCGCCGUUCCACGUGCAUGGAGGUGUAAUCCUUCUAGAAUGACAUUUAAGGGCCGUCUCCACAGCCUUCCUCUCUUUGUUCAUUUUCCUGUGUAUGAAGGUGAACAUCUAUGUUCUAAGAAAUUAUAUAUUUGUUUCAAAUCGUGAUUGAAUUUCCUCCUUUUUUGUAGUUUUUAUGUUCAAACGGUGCAAUGCAAAUUGAGUUGAGUACUGUGCAAUCAUUUUCCGGUCCGGCAAGUGUCCUAUCAAGCCUAAAAAGAAUUAAAUCUGUUAUAUAAAACACA